AGUCUGGACUCCUCAAAAACUUCAAUACAGAGCCCCUCCCUCUGAGACGUGUCAGGCAUUCUUGCAUUUCACAUUACAUGCAAAGCUGCCCGUUCCCCGAACAAACGCCACGAGGCUAUCCACUCCACACCACCUCGGACCGCCUUCCAUCCCCGCACCAUCUUCAAUGCAUCACCUUACCCUUUAGUACACUUCACGAGGUGAUACACCUUCACACCCUGCCACGUUCCUUAUCUCUGCUCCCUAUAAUACCCGACACCCAACAUAACAUCAUCACAAUAAGGGGGGAAAACGCAUGCUCUUAUUUUCCCAGUCACCGCUGUGUGUGUUGCUCACGAAAGGAAGUCAUGCCUGAUCGAUCGAGGCCCAUGUCGAGGUACGAGCCAUCUUCAGGACAACCAAUUUCACGCAAGGCGGUGAAGUUUAUGACUGCAGGGACAAUAGGUGCAGCACUGUUGGUGUUGUCCGGGUUAACUUUGACUGGGACAGUUAUAGCCUUGGUCGUGGCCACACCAGUUCUGGUGCUGUCCAGUCCAAUUUUAGUCCCGGCAGUGAUUGUAGUUUUCCUGGUCACUUCUGGGUUCUUUUUCUCAAGUGGGUGUGGCUUGGCUGCUAUCAUGGUAUCGCUGUGGAUAUAUAACUAUGUGACUGGUAAGCAUCCACCUGGUGCUGAUAAGCUGGAUUAUGCUAGAGGGAGGAUAUCAGAAACGGCCAAGGAUAUGAAGGAUAGAGCUAAAGAGUCUGGUCAGAAUGUGCGACAGAAGGUUCAAGAAUCUAGUCACGCUCAAACUUCUUAAUUAAUUUAAAGAGGUGUACGUUUGCCCGGGUUAAUGUGAUUUGGUUGUCAGUUUCUUAUUACGUUGUUGUAACGCUCCCGUCUUUUAAUUUGCAGCUCAUGAUUUUGGUGCGUCAAUAAAUCUCACUUAUGUUUGUAAUAACAGGAAAUAAUCAAGUUUUAUCUAAAAAACAUUCUGCAUCGUGUAGAUCUUGCUCUCUUUUUUCUUUUUCUUUUUUCCCAAUCUGUGUACAAAAGCGAAAACCCACGUUGGGUGGCAGCCUCUUGGGCCUAAAAUAACGAGAGAUCAAACUGGCGUCUUUCUGCAUUGCUAUAGAAUGACCAUUCUGCGUCAAACCACAGACCGUCUCUCUAUGAACAUUUUGGGUUGCUAUACCCAAAGGAAGACUGCACCAACUAGUCUCGAGAAUAGUCAUUUGCUUAAAAAAAUACCAUGAUUUAAAACUGCAAGUUGUAAGCAUUUUGCCAAAAUGCCUACAACUUGAAGUUUUAACUAAAUUCUUUUUUAUCCCCAUCUCCAACCUGACAAACGGAUGACAACGUUCAAAUGCUUCACCAGUUUCAAAAACAUGAGAAGUCAUAAAAGAAAAGUCAUCUAAUGGAGGCCGAAUGUUUCCU